ACGGAUCGGAAGAUUUUCACUUCCUGGUACGGGAUAAAAUAGAUAGAAAAAACGGUUACUGUUGAACAACGUGGGAGGCUGGUGGGCUUCUGAGUUUGUUGUGCUUGUUUCGUUUGGAGAGGACUUUCCGUGGAAAACAUUGUAAAGAGGAUAAUAAUUGUUGACGCCGUUAGGAUUCUAGGUCCAAAGGUUACACUUACGACGGAUGAGUCAAUUACGAGGAAAUUCUAUUAAGUGCGCAUAAGUGUUUUUAGAUAGAUCCUGGAAACUUAGUGUUGUUUAUUCUAACGAUUGUGUUUAUUCAGUUUGAAGACAGCAAAAAAAAAACGGAUACCGGUUCCCCCAUAUCCCGGUACGAACUGUGCUCGGUUGCUGCUGCUGCCGGUCAUCAUCAUUGAAUCUGAUCCGGACUGCGCCGCCAUGAAUAGCGACCGACAACAACGACGACGUAGUCGGUGAGCAGUGCUAAAUUUAAUCCUGACGAAUGAGUAACAAAAGCAGCCUCCCUCAACCCUCCACGUGGGAAUCCACGCGAAUCACUACCAACAGUGAGUUGAGAACAUAGACAGCGCCGGAGCACGUUGAUCCAAUCUGAUGCGAAAUGAAUUCUGCUUCAAAAUUUGAUCUUUUGGCGGCGUUUGCGAUUUUCAUGUAAACCAACACAUUUCAUUGUGGGUUUAUCAAAUCUAAUGAAAAUACGUCCAUUAUGGAAGUACGUUUGAAUUACUAAUAUUCAUUGGAUCUUUUUAGAAGUACAUGUAUACUAGUAGUAGUAGUAAUACAUGUAGACUUCCGAUGAUUAUCCAUUUAAUAUUAGGUUUUCAAUCAACCAUUUUGUGAUUUUAAAUUAUCGUAUGACCAAUACAAGAAUUAAACCUUUAAAAAAUUGAUUCACUGGGAUAAACUGUUUUGGAUCACCGUGCGCUGGAGUAGCAGGUUGAGCUCCUGCAAUAACAGAAACGAAUAAAUUUUAAACAAAAGAGACCGGACCUGCACACUACAGUUGGUUGGCCGCUGGUUUGCUUGCAUGAUAGUGAGUAAUAAAUUAAUGGAGAUAAAAGAAACGGGAUUUAAGCACGGGGUGAGCUAGUGAAAAUAAAAAAAAAUAGACCAGUGCAGUAAGGCCACAUCCCGAAGUCAGCGUUGGUCGACCUCCAAGCAACGUUUACUGUACUGUAGAUGAUCCUACAGGAAAGCCACCCGGGACAAGUGAAUUGAAAACAAAAAACAGGAAACCAAAGCGGCGAGAAAAUCGAAGUGAACAUCGUGCAAUGCCUGUGAAUCAUCGGCCAGCCAAGUGCUCGGCUGGGAACAUUUAGUUACCACCCUUGUAGCGCAAAACAACAGUGUAAGUGAAUUUGAAUGCAAAAAAAAAUGUUGUAGGGAUUUUGUAAGGGAUUGAGCACAAUAAAAAUAUAUACAAAAAAGAACACCGAAGUGAGAUGCAGGAAGUUGAAUAUUUUAACGAUACCUUGAGCGGAAGUUGCGGUCGCGUGGACGGUAGCAUCGUUGAGGCGGCGAAAGAACAGCAACAAGCCGGCAAGAAGCAUCAUCCUCGGAAAUGUAGCUACGAUUUACUGGAACACCGCAAGUAUAACAAAUGCGAUGAAAAUGUAAAUUAUACCGCAGAUCCACUGCUGCUGUUCACUUCGACGACGACGACAUCGUCUUCCUCCUCUGACGAGGAUAACUCACCCACCGAAAUGAACAACUGCAUCAAGUUCGGCGAGAAACCAACGCUGAUUAAACGCUUCACCAUGGGUUUCCUGCGUUCGACGGAGGAAAAUCUACCGCUGAUGUGCAAUAAAUCAUCGCCCACGUCACCGCAGAAGAAACUCAAUGACAUACUCUCGGAGGACAUUUACAGCCUGGACAGAAUCGUGUCGAGUAAGUUUGGCGACUCGUGCAAACAAUCACUCACCAGCCACCAUCCUGCUCCUCCGUUGCGCCCGGACGUGGAGUACGAGUUUAGACGUAAUAUUCUUCUCCGCCAGACGAACAGUGCCAACUCCAGUCCGAAACGCUUCAUACCGAACAUCAAGCGAACGGACAGCCUCAAUAGUAUCGAAGAUAACGAUUUGGACAGCGCUUCCUGGUUCCAGGCUGGACUGCCGCGGGAGAUAUCACUGGAGGUACUCACACAGCAGGCGCCCGGUGCAUUUCUGGUUCGACGGAGCACCACAAAACAGGGCUGUUUCGCAUUAUCGCUGAGAGUUCCUUCUCCCGGUCCAAAAGUAGUUCACUAUUUAAUCCUGAAGACAGAACGGGGAUACAAAAUUAAGGGUUUCACGAAGGAAUUCUCGUCGCUGCGAGCGCUGAUAACGCACCACUCGGUGAUGCCGGAAAUGCUUCCGGUUCCGCUGUCGCUGCCCCGGCCCCAAAACAUCCCAAUCAAAUGCAAACGCGUCGACGACUACGAUAGCUACAGCACCCUGCACGAGUUCUCCAAGCUGUUCUCCGAUCUGGACCUAUGAUAGUUUGUCACCGUCUUCUAAAUGCUGUUGAGCCAUAGGAAAUUCCAGGAAGUGCGCUGCCACUCGUGAUAGUCAGUUACGAUAGUUGGGUUCACUGAGGCUGCUGUUGCUUCUAUAUCGAAGCCAACGAUGACGGCGAUGGAAAUAUCAGCCAAAAGUGAAUGUUUUGCCAGACGACAGGUAAACUUUUUGAUGAGUUUGUAAAUAGGUAACCCUACUUGUGCUGCCGUAGACUGCGAGACACAUGGUCGCAAAGGGUGUUGAAUUAAUUUCACGUGAAGUAGUUGUCGCGGGGUGUCACUUCCGACGACUAAAGCUCAUCAGAGUGAGAGGUGUCGCAGUCAGGAAGCCGGAGCUCCAUCCCACACAGCACAAGUUUACAAUCAAAAAUCAAUACCUUAUGCCGGUGCAGAAGAAACCAAAAUGAACAUAGAACUGUAAUCGUUUGAUAUUGUGAUAUAGCGUUAUAUACAUACAUUGUACACGUCAUAUGGAGAAGUCACUUUACACAGGAAAUUGGCUUGUCAUUACCUAAAGGGAACACAGCUGUAAUGGGUCUGUAUCCGUAUUGGUCACACUAUGCUGGGAUCGUAACUAGAAAUCAGAAAUAAAUGACUUUUAAAGUUGAACCCGCUAGCGAUA